ACGAGUUCUACGGCACUUAUCUGAGAGCACCGAGACGAUCAACAUGUCUGCCAUCCGACUCUCGAAGGUUCUUUUCUCGCGCGUUUCACAGGCGGCCCGAUUUCCGCAACAAUUCGCUGCGCCCACGAUCAGGUGCUACUCUUGUGAGACGAACAAUUUCGAGCACAUCAAGACCGAGACUACGGGCGAGAAGAAAAAUGUGGGCCUCAUCACGUUGAACAGGCCCAAGGCCUUGAAUGCUCUGUGCAAGGGAUUGAUGGACGAAUUGGAUCACGCCUUGAAGCAUUUCGACGCGAACCCGGCUAUCGGCGCUAUCGUUCUCACCGGGAACGAGAAAGCAUUUGCUGCUGGUGCGGACAUCAAGGAGAUGAUGAACAACACGUACACGAUCAAUGAAAAGAACAAUUUCCUGCAAAACUGGGAAAACAUUUCCAAGAUAAAGAAGCCCAUCAUCGCCGCUGUGAACGGUUACGCUUUGGGCGGAGGCUGCGAACUAGCAUUGACAUGUGACAUCAUUUACGCCGGCGACAAGGCCAGAUUCGGCCAGCCGGAGAUCGCCAUCGGCACGAUGCCCGGAGGUGGCGGCAGCCAGCGGCUGCCCAGAUUCAUCGGCAAGAGUAAAAGCAUGGAGUUAGUGCUCAGCGGCAAUCCGAUCACCGCCGAGGAAGCCGAGAGGAGCGGCUUGGUCAGCAGGGUCUUCCCGGCCGACAAGCUGGUCGCGGAGGCGGUGAAAUUAGGCGAGAAAAUCUCAUCUCACUCACCGAUCAUCGUCAGCUUGGCCAAAAAGGCCGUCAAUGCCGCGUAUGAAACUAGUUUGCAGCAUGGCCUCAACUACGAGAAACAGCUGUUUUACGGCACAUUCGCCACGGCGGACCAGAAGGAGGGAAUGGCUGCUUUCACGGAGAAACGUCCGCCAAAAUUCACGAACGAAUGAAAAGUUCAUCGUUUGUCGCUAUUACGGACGGGGCGCGAAAGGGGAAGUGCGAAAUUGAUUACAAGGCAUUCGAGGAUUCGCCGGAAAUAUGUUUCCGAAAAAGAAAUAUUUUUAUACUGAUAUAUCUUUUUAGAUGAAAUCGUGCACGAGAUGCUGCCAUUUGUUACAUUUGUUAUAAGAUUGCUUUGAAUAAACUUUUACGAGAAAAAACAAA